ACACACACACUUCCCAAGAUGCUUCAGGAUGAGGAACUGGAAUUUGACGUUCAAUCAUGGUGGGGAGGGGAAGCCAAGAAAGUGCCAGUGAUCACAAUUAUACAAGCAUCUGGCGUCUACUUAUAACAAGCAACAUAAACACUUGGACGGGUGUGUAGGACAAAGCGGCCUUUUUGGGAUCAUGGGCGAGAAUGGCCCUCAAACUGAUACAGCUAUGUUUUUUGAAGAGGACGAGGAGGAAUAUGACGAAUGCAAAGUGGCCGGUUUGGAUAAAGAGGACAUGUUGAUUUCCAAACCCUCGUCGUCGUCGGGACGGGUGUACGACCGCACCACAGUACUCAUCGAACAGGAUCCUAUUCAUCUGGACGAGGAAGGAGAAGAGGAUGGUCACUGUGGGCCAGAUGAUGAUGGCGUGGCAUUUUUGGCUAGCAGCGAUGGAGACGAGGAAGGGACGCUUACCUUUAUGGCGGACCCGGACAGCAUGGCACAUGGUUAUGUCCAUCACACCAUCUCGCCUGAUCAGAUCCAGUUCAUCAUUAAUCCCGGGUCCACCCCCAUGCCCCGCAACAUAGAAGGAGCUACUCUUACACUGCACUCCGAGUGCCCAGAGACCAAGCAGAGAGAGGUAAAGAGGUACCAGUGCACUUUUGAGGGCUGCACUCGCACAUACAGCACGGCAGGAAACCUGCGCACACACCAGAAAACGCACCGUGGUGAAUACACCUUUGUUUGCAACCAGCAGGGUUGUGGCAAAGCCUUCCUGACCUCCUACAGCCUAAAGAUCCAUGUUCGAGUGCAUACAAAAGAAAAACCAUUUGAGUGUGAUGUACAAGGUUGUGAAAAAGCCUUCAACACACUGUACAGGCUGAAAGCACAUCAGCGUCUACACACAGGAAAAACAUUUAACUGUGAAUCAGAAGGAUGCACAAAGUACUUUACCACUCUCAGUGACCUGAGGAAGCACAUUCGUACUCACACAGGAGAGAAGCCGUUUCGGUGUGACCAUGAUGGCUGUGGUAAAGCUUUCGCUGCUAGUCACCACCUGAAAACACACGUGCGGACACACACUGGAGAAAAGCCUUUUUUCUGCCCUAGUGAUGGCUGUGAGAAGACUUUUAGUUCACAGUACAGCCUAAAGAGUCACAUUCGGGGCCAUGAUAAGGGCACUUCAUACCCAAUUAGCUUCAGCCAUCCUCUGUCAGAGGAUGCAAAUCAUUCUCUGUGCCUCAGUGAUUUGAGCCUCAUUUCCACAGAUUCUGAGCUUCGAGAACAUAUCAACAAUUCUCAAAACUUGGAUCUGAAUAAUAUCACUCCUGUGAAGAUAUUUGAGUUGAUGUUACAGAGCCCUGAUAACAAUGCUAGUCAAGAUGACCCACAUCUGGCUGACAACCUAGUGGAGGCUUUCGGCUUGGAGACUCCACCACGGGCAGCAGGGACUGAUUCAUCCACUCUUCUCCCUUUCUCUCAGAUGCCUUCAUCCUCCUCUUCUUCUAGCUCUCUUAACACCCCUGUCCUAGAGAACUCCACACAGCCUGGAUCUUCCUGCUGCCAGGCAUCAUCCACCAAUAGCUCCACACACACCUCUCCACAGUGUGCCACUUUUCCUUCUUUCCUUCAUACCUCACUACAAACACCAGAAGUGCCCACCCUAGCUGCGCCCGCUGCCACCCAACACUACACACCAGUGGUGCCUACAGCACCUGCCAGCCCCCUACCAGUCUCUGUCCCUACAGUGGCCAGCGUCUCAAGUCCUGCAUCAGCUUUAAGCACAGGAGCAGCUGCAGUAGUAACGCACACAGUGCCUUUAGCAGGCAGUGCCGGUAUGGCGCACACACCCACCAUCACCAUCGCUCCCACGCAGAGCCUCUUGCAGCCCAGCCUUGUCAUGUCUGACCAGAAUCUGCAGUGGAUACUCAGCAGUGCUGCCAAUGCACAACACAAUCCUGAACAGCAGGGUCCAAAAGUGGAAAAGGUCUUCUUCACAACAGCCAUACCUGUAGGAGGACAUUCAGGGAACCCUGUGCAGCAGAUUGGCCUUAGUCUCCCUGUCAUCAUCAUUAAGCAGGAGGAGGCAUGCCAGUGUCAAUGUGCCUGCAGGGAUUCAGCUAAAGAAAGGAGCUCCAGUCAGAGUGCUGCCUCUUCACAGCAGGAGCCUAAAGACAUUUCUCCACCACCUCCAGCUCCUUUAGCCACAGACACUGUUCCAGAGUGCUGUUCCCCCAAGGUGAGCAGUCCUCUUUCCUCUGGCUCCAUUCAGACUUUCCAUAGCGAGGCACUGGUUUCCAGCACGCCCUCAGAUGGCUUGACCAACGUGGAUGUAGUGGACCUACUCAGCCCUGAAACCACCGCCAACAUUGAGGCACUGUUGAUGGUCGCUGAUGAGUUCUCCCUGGGUGACAGCAACAGCAACACCACCACCUAGGGGAAGUUGAGGGUCGAACCCCCUCGAGUCAUUUCUUUGCAUUUCAUUUCUUUUAAUGGGCACCAUUAUUUCUAAUGUUAUGCAGUUUCAUUCUGAUUCAUAAGGGUAUCUUGUGUAAACCAUGGCUCAUGUGUUUGAGUUCCCAAUGUAAGAAGGCUAUUGUCAGCUUUAGUCUUUCCUAUUCUAUAAAACAUGAUCUUCCAGACAUGGGCUGCUUAAUACAUGUGAAUCUUUAGCUAGGAUUUUACUCACAGUGCCCUCUGAUUCAUUCAGAUCUGUGCUAUUUGUGCACUUUCAGACUGUAGAAAUGUUCCCACUGAUAUGAGGUUUGUAAGUAGCCAUUUGUUUGAAGUUGCUUCACCUUUUUGCACUGCAUUAUAAUAAUAGUCCUUCCAGAAGUUCUCUUGAUGUGCUAUGGUCUGUUCAGACUACCCUAACUCCUGUAGCAUAUCUGAGAAAUUGAUGACAAAAAACAAAAUAAUUUGGGGGCUGGGAUAAAAGGCAAUGAACUAUAAUCUCACUGUCUACUAACACAGAUUUUACAAAAUUCAAGCAAUAUUAGAAAUAUUAAUAAUUCAGAUGGCAACGUAUUGUUUGUAUGAAUUGAGUUACUUAGUCUAGUUUGGAGUAGAAUAGGAAAUUCUAUAAAGUACAGGGCAGGUGGGGGAUAAGAACUUAAUUCACUGAGAACUACGUAUACAUCAAGACAAAGUUUGGCCAGUCACUGAAAUUAACAUCAUGAAUUGUUCACAUGUGAUUCAUCAGAAUCUACUGCAUGUUUGGCAUAUUGGAAAACCUGAAAGUAUAAUAAAGCCCUUUCAGAUUGUGGUCAUCCAAAUCCAGAA